AGAGGAGCCGCGGUCCGGGUCGCUGCCUCAAGCUCCUCCGCUGCGCUCCUCCAUGUGCUUCGGCGUCGUCGCUCCCCUCCCUCAGGCCGCCUCUCACUCCGGGGUCUAUGGAAGUAAUGGAAGGACCCCUCAACCUGGUGUUCAGAGGACAAGGUAAAGAAGAAUUUGGCAACUCCCACAGGAAUGUUAAUCUGUUAUCUUGGAAGAAGAGCAGUUCACGGAGAGGAGUGUGGUGUGUGGAACAUACUGGUUGUUUCUGAAGAGGAUUCACCAAGGGAGAAAUUUGUACAGGGCUCAUCAACAGAGCAGACGUGCAGAUCGUUUAUUAGCUGCGGGGAAAUACGAGGAGGCUAUAUCUUGUCACAAAAAGGCUACAGCAUAUCUUUCUGAAGCCAUGAAGCUAACACAGUCUGAACAGGCUCAUUUAUCACUGGAACUGCAAAGGGAUAGCCACAUGAAACAGCUCCUCCUCAUUCAGGAGAGGUGGAAGAGGGCGAAGCGGGAGGAAAGGUUGAAAGCCCAGCAGAGCACAGACAAGGAUGCCGCUGCCCAGCUUCAGGCGUCUCACAAGCCCUCUGCUGAGGAGGCAGAAGGCCACAGUCUCCUUCUCUCUCAGAACUACAGCCCUUCCACAGAGAAACACCUGCCUGAAAUUCAGAGGGUCUUUGAUAGGGAUCCAGACACACUGCUAUUUUUACUUCAGCAAAAGAGUGAGCCAACAGAACCAUGCAUUGGAAGCAAAGCCCCAAAAGAUGAUAAAACCAUUAUAGAAGAGCAGGCAACCAAAAUUGCAGAUUUGAAGAGGCAUGUGGAAUACCUUAUGGCUGAGAAUGAAAAAUUAAGGAAAGAAAAUAAACAACUCAAGGCUGAAAAGGCCAGACUUCUAAAAGGCCCAGUAGAAAAAGAGCUGGAUGUAGAUGCUGAUUUUGUUGAAAAGUCAGAGUUAUGGAGCUUGCCGCCACAGUCAGAAACUGCUACAGCCUCUUCAACCUGGCAGAAAUUUGCAGCAAGUACUGGGAAAGCCAAGGAUAUUCCAAUACCCAAUCUUCCCCCCUUGGAUUUUCCAUCUCCAGAACUACCCCUUAUGGAACUCUCUGAGGAUAUUCUGAAAGGACUUAUGAAUAAUUAAAGUGGAAGGCCAUAGAAGAGGUGAGAAGAGGAAAUAAUACAGUUAAUCCAGAAGAAACAAAAAAGGGAAAAGCACAUACAAGGGUAAUCCUGGAAACGCUUCAUUACCUGGCACCGGGAGAGGAGGCAGCGCAGGACUCGGGAAGCGGCCACUGUGAAAUACGCCGAGUGUCCGACUUCUGACUCAAGCUGAUGACUCCAGACUGGGCAGACACUAACCCUCGGAGGUUCACUUCCUCCUAAUACAAACCAAAUGGCUACCUGGAAUAAUUUUUUCAAGCAACAAUUAUUUUUCUUAUCUUCAGGGUUAAAAUGUAUAAAAGUAUGUUAUGUGUAAUUAAUCUAUAAUGCCAUAAAUGAUAAUGCAAAACAAAUAAUACGGUGGCCUGGGAGGCUGCCUUGUAUUUGAAACAUGCUUUCUAUCAUGCAUUGACUGUAUGCAUUUUGUUAUGCACAUUUCAUUUGUUUAAUAAGGUGUGUGAGACACCUUUCUAGAUGAAACUCUGUGUGCCACACUUUGCACUACUCAUAACAUAAUGAUAACCUCAAGACUAUCAGGAGAAAUAUUUAAAUUUCCAUUUUAUGAAGAACCAAAUUAUUAGUUACGCUUUUUAAAAAAAAUUACCAGUUUACAUAAUUAAUCAGGGUGCAUUUUAAGUUCUAAUUUUUUUUGUUUAUUGUAUAAUGCAUCAUUUGAAAAUACCAAGGAAAUAAUCCUUUUGUUUUUAAUGAUGCACGAGUGGAAGUAAUGCUAGUUGGCAGUAUUUGAUUGUAAGAAAUCAAUAAAGUACUUGUGUUUUAUACCUUU